AUGUCUUUUAAUGAAAAUUGGCCUAAUAAUCUUGAAAAAGAAUUUGGUUGUUCUACACCUAAAGAAAAUAAUCAAAUAAAAAAUAUUUCUGGAUUAUCUUUAAGUGAUUUGAAUAACAAAAUCGAACAAGAUUUAAAUGAAAUGAAUAAUGAAACUAUGAAUAACAUUUUAAGUAAUUAUCAAGAAGAAAAAGAUGAUAAAAAAUAUUUUGAAAUUAAAGAUAAUGAAAAUAAAAAAUAUCUCCAAAUCGAAAAUACUAAAGAUUUUAAAAAAAUUCAUUCCUUUUCUUUAUUUGUUGGUAGUGGUUAUAUUACAUUCAUUUUCUUCAAAGAAGAAUUUUUAAAACAUGAAAUUCGCAGAAUUGUUAAAGAUAUUAAAAGUUAUGAAACUUAUGAAGAAGUAAUCAGAUUUGAUGAACUUAACGAUGAAGAUAUCCUUUAUAGUUUUGAAUCUGAAAACAAUACAAAUAUUAGACCUUUUACAUUUGAUAAUGAGAAACGUAUGAUUUUUCAUUCUGAUAUCAAAAGUUUUAAAAUUUUUCAUAAAGGAAUAAUUUUAUACGAUAUAAAAAAUUUUAUGGAUUUAUUCAAUUAA